AUAUUACAUCACUGCGAUCUUUCUAGAUGUAACCGAAACUCUUGCAUGGAAGCUUUGCAGGCGUUUUAUAGAAAAACCUCGUUCCCUUGGAACUUAGAAAUCGCAUUCUGCUUGUGCAAGAAAACUGACAAUAAACAAGAUACAUGUAUGCUGGCACAGCAAAGAUUACACCCCGUUUGUGCACAAAGAAUUGAAGGGUCUCCUCAACCUACUUGCCUUUCAGUGGCCGAAGUAUGUCGCGAAGAUAAAGAGUGCAGAUCUAGAUUGGAGUACUACGAGCAGUCUUGCGCCGUAGACAGUGUCACGAAAAAAUGUGCAGGACCCCCAUCGGAGUGCAGGGCUGCAAUGUUGGGCAUACUGGGAACAGACUUGCGAACAACUUGCGCUUGCAAAGGAACAGAUAUGACCCAAUUAUAUGAGUGCUUAGGCUGGCAAAGGCUCCUCUGGGUUAAUCCCUGCGUAGUUGAGGCUCAAAAAGAUUUUCAUCGUAAAAAAGCGGAAGAAAGGGCGGUAGUUGAAACAACAGUUCCAACGACGACUACGACAACGAGGCACACACCAGCGCAUAAUAUCAUGGAAUAUCCCAUGGAACAAAUAACUGUAGUGAGUUAUACACAGGCUUCCGUGCAAACUCGAGGAAGUACAGCGGCCGAAUACGUUGCUCCUCCAAUCGCACCCACAACAACUACGACCACAACCACUACAACACGCACAACGACUACAACUAUAGGAACUACUACAGUUCCUCCAAGGUAUUGCAUUUUUCAAAGGCACGACUUUCCCGACCAGUAUAUCAAAGAGGGAACUCUUAAAAGGAUUUAUCACGAAGACGAAUCGGAUUGUUCCGAAAUAUGUAAAUGUGGUAAACCGGAAGAAUUAGUUUGUAAGACGAUGUGUGUUGAUCGAAUGCCUUGUAAAUCAGAGUUUGCGUUUUACAAUCACGCAGCACCCGCGUUUCAGGCGUACCGUGGUAGAUGCCUGUGCUACUCUGGGCGGUUUAUUUGUAUGAAACCGGCACCUGGUGAUUACAACCUACCCCAAGGGAUUUUCCUGUUCCUCGGUUAUAGCGAGGUUGAUGAGCAGCAAUUAAAAAAUCACACGGAAAUUGUGGUACAAGACGUAGUCCAUGCCUUACAAGAAUUUAUUUUACGCGAAGCUGUUAAUGGGACUCUCUGCGCGCUUCAACUGUACAACGUUACAACAGAAAAUGUCAUAAUAGCCGGAAAACUGUCUUCUGACGAGGUCGACUAUAACAUGCUAUCGCCCAAAGAAAGUUUGGCGAAAGAGAAGGAAGAAUGUGCCGAACUGCUAGAAUUAGUAAGUGAACGGAUCAAUUCGCACAAUCCCGAUUUUAGUUCACACCUACUACUUUCAAUAUUUAAGAUGGCAGAAGUAGAAAUAAUACAAAUAGAAACAAAUUCGGCGUCGGACUCGAUUCGUUCGAAAUUGUAUUUAAUAUUAAUAUCGCAGAUAUCGUUAAUUGUUUUAGAAAGGCUGGCUGUUAGGCUUUCGUGACAUUGACAGUAAUGCUAUAUACUUUUUAAAUAAAAAAUACGAAACAUAUCUUUUUACAAUGAAUUUAGCGAAUGUAAAUUUAAAUAACGUGUGUCGAUUGUUAUGUUUGUACAUUUUCAUUUGAAUUGUAAAUACGCGGUGUAGUAUUAGCCAGAUUGCACACAU